AUGCACCGCAUCCCGGGCGGCCGCGGCGGCGGCGGCGCGUGGCGCGGGCCCGUCUUCCUGCAGCACGGCAUCUUCGGCGCCACCGACAGCUGGGUCUUUCGACAAUGUUAUAGACAAUUAACAGAAACACCUAUUGGAGGCUCUAUAACUUAUUUUAUGGCAGACGACGGCUACGACGUCUGGAUCGGAAACACCCGUGGCAACUACUACUCGCGAGAGCACGUCAACUUCACCGCGAAAGACAAGCGCUUUUGGCGCUUCAGUUGGCAUGAAAUGGGGAUGUACGACACCCCAGCAAUGGUAGAUUAUGUAUUGAAAGAAACUGGACGAGAGAAACUUAUUCACGUUGCUCAUUCCAUGGGUAAUAAUAUAUAUUAUGUCAUGUUGUCUAACAAGCCGGAAUAUGUGAAUAAAUUCCGACUUAAAAUUGAUAUAGCUCCAUCAGUUUUCUGGGACAACAUGAAAGCACCUAUUGGCAAAAUAAUAAGAGACAACCAUCGUUUAAUAAAGGUGAUAAUGGACCUUCAAAAUACUUAUGAGUUAUUGAGACCAAGUCCUGCCCGCAAAGCGUUCUACUUCUUCGGUUGCCAUAAGAAUUCUUCCCAACGAAAGUUGUGUGGCAGCCUUUUUUACGCUUCUGUGGGGGUAUCAGGGGUUCGAGAUAAGAACAAACUGCCCAUUCAUUUAGCCCGCAUGAUGGAAUCGACUUCUGGGCCCACAAUGGUUCAUUUAGCUCAAAAUGCCAAAUCUGGUCGGUUUUGUCAAUUUGACUACGGAACUCAAGGCAACAUAAAACACUAUGGAACACCGCACCCACCAGAAUAUGAUCUGAAGAAAGCCACAGUACCUACGGUACUCUACACCUCAACUGGAGAUGAUCUUGUACCAGCUGAUGGUGUGGUGAGACUGUCUCAAGAAAUACCAAAUGCUCUGGAACUAUACUGGGUGCCAGAAAAGAUAUUUAAUCAUUUGGAUUUUCUAGUUCAUGAAGAAACACAUGAUCUGCUUCUGCAUCACAUGCUAAAAGUAAUGUCAAAAUAUUAGUACGUAGCGCAAACAAACCUGUCUGAUGUACAUAAUUUUAAAAUUCGUGUCUACAAUGGUCUCAGUUUAAUGAGAGAUGAGGAUAGCUCAACACAUGAAAAGUACCAGUGAUCAUAAUUUUUUUCCAAAUUAUAGAAUUAGAGGUAGAAACCAUUAAAAUUGAAAAAUGCAUAAUCGCUUGUGGAUAAUGGAAUUUGGAAAUAUUUAUUGAUGAGAGUGAGUAAAUGUCAUUGAUUCAGAAUAAUACUUGUAAAUUAAAGAGGAAUGAUUACAGUCAACCAGGGAAUGAAUUAAUUUCAGGAAAUGAAAUAAAUCAGAGAAUAAUAUAAAUUCAGAAAGUUUUGUUUGCAUUCUCAGGAAAUUACUGCAAAGGAAAAGGCAUGAAGUAAACAAGGUAUACUUCGUGAGAAAAGGUUAUUAUUAACAAAAAUCCUUUCAAUUAAUUACAUGUUAUCCAACAAGAUAAAUAACAAAACUAGAUAACUCCUAACUAGAAGACCUAAAAAAAAUAAAAAAAUUUAAGAUAUUGGAGAAGCCCAGAUUGUUAACUUCAUCCAAAAAGUAUCUUGAGGAUUAAUAACGAUGUCUUCAAGCAUGAAGUGCAUAGAAAAUUUUUGAAAGUUAAUAGUUAUAACGUUAGAAAAGGCCUUUUGUAAUGUACCACUUAAUUCCAGUGGAAAUUUGUUCACUGUAUGGAAUUUGACAGUCAUUCCUCCCAUUUUUCAACUAAAUGGCAAGAAAAUGAAACAAAAGAAAUGGAUUGCAAGUACCAAAGAUCACUGCAAUUAAAACAUUUUUUAGGUCAAUACCUGUUCUACAAUUGUUGUGGCAUAUUCAUUGGGAGAAUGAUGGAAAUUAUUAUUUCCACCUUUAAUCAAAGCACCUAUAUGUCACCACGCAACACACAAUAAAUAUAUGGAAGAAUGACAAGGAACGUAAUGGCAAGGGUGCUACAUAAACCACUGAUUCAAGGAUUUUUAAAAUAGAGGAAAAGCUUACAAGGGAGAUGGAUGAUGAAGAGCAUUUGGGGAAAUGCAGCUCAUUUUGUGAGGAAAGGGAGACCAAUAAAGGAAAGGAGAAAAUGGCAGAGGUAUAGAAAAGGAGCCUGGUGUUGCUUAUUGGCAAAGAUAUGACCAGUCCUUGCAAAAAUGCUCAAUAAUAAGAAUACCCUUGAAUAACAAAGCAAUUUGCAAUAUUCAACAAUGCAAACUAGUUUGGUAAGAUUAAUUUAUUAUAUAUAAUAAUUUAUUUAAUUUUAGAAAUACUUUACCAGGUCAGACAAAUAAGGAACAAGUGAAUGUUUUAAAAAUAAAAUGAAGGGAUAUGACCAAAUAUCCAAUUAUCAAUUUCUAGAAUUUGAUAAUUCUUUGAUAUAUACAAUCUCAGUAGUAAAUUAUACCACGAAAACAUUAUUUGCUAGCUAAACAAUUAGGUAGCUCAAAAGCCUAACUGGAAUUUGGUUUUGAGAGUGAAUAAGAAAUGUACUUAUUUGAAAAGGGAAAAAUCAUGAUCCACCGUUUCGAAAUUAUUUUCAUACCCUUAUGUUACC